UUCACAGCUCUCCCAGACAAUCUUUAUCAAUAAUCGACUAUAUCCACCAUCCCUAUGUGGAAACCUUCCCGGCGCCUUCACCAAAACCUUUACAAUUGUUCAACAAUCACUAUAAUCAAUUCCCAUGUCUUCCUUGCAUAUACUGUGGCCAACUUCUAUAUCCAGAAAAAGCUGCCUGGGUCGUACAGGAAGAUCUGUCAACGUAUGCUCUAUUCCAAUUAUAUCCAUCUAUUUCACUAGACGACAUUGCUCACCCCAGUACAGCGAAUUUCCGACUUGCCAUAGUUGCAAUCUGGGAAGAUCAACAAAUAUUAAUGCAUACGGAAUAUCGUUCUAUUGUGGCUAUUCCACUCUUGCCAACCGAUCCGUAUCUUCAUAGCUAUUCCACUCUUGCCAACCGAUUAUUACAAAUAAAUGAUACAUUAGAAAUGUUUGUGUGGCCUACUGCUUUUCCCAUUUCCCAAGAUGAUUCGGUAACAUCGUUUCAACAUAAUAAUGUGGUGGUCCCGAAUUUUGACUUUGCGGAAGAA